AUUAUUUCGUUUCACGUUGCCGGUCGGCCAUUUGACAGUGACGCUGAAAGCUUGGUAGCAUCGUAAGUGUUUCUUCUAGUGUUUUAAGUCAGAAAAAGUGGUGAAAAUCAUUAUGGAUAAUACACAAAACGGCGCUGGGGCUAUCAAGCCAGGCCAAGAUGAAGACAAGAAACUUUUUGUCGGUGGUCUGACCCUAGAAACGACCGAGAAAGAGCUGCAAGAGUAUUUCGGCCAAUUCGGCGUCAUACAAAACGUGACCAUUAAAGUUAACCCACAGACGGGUAAGUCCAAAGGGUUCGCUUUCGUGUUAUUCAAUUCCGCGGAAAUUGUUGAUCAAGUCUUGAGCCAAAAAGAACACGUGAUUAACGGUAAAACGGUAGAUGCUAAGAAAGCCAAAGCUAAACCCGGGAAAAUUUUUGUUGGCGGCAUCACGCCCGAUCUCACUGAUGACGACAUCAAGACCUAUUUCUCCCAAUUCGGAAGUAUCACGCAAGUGGAAAUGCCCUUUGACAAGACGAAAAAUCAGCGAAAAGGGUUCUGCUUUAUUACCUUUGAAAAUGACGCCAUUGUAAGAGAGUUGCUCAAGAAACCUAAACAGACCAUUAAAGACAAGCAAGUCGACGUUAAAAAGGCGGCCACUCAACCCAACAACAUGAUGGGUCGUGGAGGUUGGGGAGGACGUGGAGGUGGUCGUGGAGGAAGAGGCGGCCAAGGAGGAUGGGGAGGUGGUUGGGGCGGCCAGGGUGGCUGGAAUGAUUACGGAUAUGGCGGUGGAUACGAUAAUGGAUACAACGGAGGUGGUGGUGGCGGUUACGAUUACUAUGGAGGCGGCUACGGCGGUGGUUAUGGUAUGGACUCUAGCUACGGACCGAGUGGAGGAGGCUAUGGAGGUGGCCGUGGUGGUGGCGGUCGUGGAGGACGCGGAGGUGGCGGCGGCCGAGGGGGCCAAAGGCACCAGCCCUAUUAAUCCAUCGUAAUAAUAGGUUUUAGGAGAAAAUGUGUGAGAAUGUUUUGUGCAUCAUUGCACAUGUUGUGCUCGUAAGGACUAAGGAUAUCUCUUCCACAACUGAAAAAUUCUGAUAUUUCUAAAACCAGAAUGCUAAAUAUAGUUCGUUUUAUAUUGUUUUGUAACAAUCCGUAAAAGUAAUUAAGAAUAUUUUUGUAAAUUUUCAAGUGCAUUUUAUUGUUCCGAAUUCUGUCACUGUUUAUGUUUCUUCACAUAGAAUGAUGCAAGUUGUUCAAAAAUUACAAUACUUUUUAUUUUCAUUAUAAUGUAAUUAAUAAAUAAUCUCUCUAAAAAACUCUCAUCUCUCUUUUCAUUUUUACAUUAAACUUACAUAAUUUAUUAUAUUAUGUAUGGUAAAAGCUACCUCUAACAUAUAGUGAGAAAUGAAGAUCUUUUAUUAUAUAAAAGAAAAACCUAAAAAAAUGGAAAAAUGCAUAAAAAACUAAAAGGAAACGUGUAGGUAUUGUAGAAGGUGAUUUUCUACGACUGGACAAAUUAGGUAUUAGUAGCCAUUAUUUUGCUACCAUGAGUAAAUAAUUUUUUAAAUAAAUUAUAGUAUAAACAA